AUGAUUGAAAAAUUCGAAUUCCUUAAAAACAAUUGGGAAGAAAUUAUUGAAAAAAUUAAAGAAAUUCCAACAAAUGUUAAAAAAACUUUAAAAGAAAAUGGCCAUUCAUUCAUUGGCUAUUGUUUGGCAAAACGUUUCCAAUUUGUUUUUAACGAUGAAGGACAGGCAAAGACAAAGUUUUAUAAAGAUAACAAUUCAUAUCUUUUGAAAUACGCGACAAAAAUUAAUGGAAUAUUGGGUCCAAGAAGAGUAGACUUGGAAUAUUACAAAAAACUUGAAAAUAAAUUUAAAGAAAAUAUUCUAAAAUUAAAAACAAAAAAUCAAAAGGAGGCAGGAACCUCCACUGAGACAGAAAAGUUGGGUAAAAUGAUAGAUUUAAUUUUGAAUGAUUAUUGGGGGAAUAUAUGUGCUAUUGACAGAGAUAAUGUUCAAUUUGAAAAAGCAGAUGAAUGGGCACUACAAACAGUCAAUACAAUACACAAUGACAAUUUCAAUCUUGCUGAUCUGGUGUUCGCUGAUAUUGAUCCUAAUGACUUUAAUCAUUUGAACAAAGGAAGCAACGAAUGGGCAAACUUCAAAAAUGGAGCUUUGGAACGUUUCAAUUUACAUAAAUUAACAUUUACUGAGGCACAUAUAAUAAUUGCUUCCUUUCAUAAAAAUUUGAGUGAUCAUCUAGCAGGAAGUGAUAUAACAUCAAUAAUCAAAAAAGAAAUUCAAAAAAAUAUUUAUUGGCAAUUGAAAGAAGAAAUUGGAAAAUUAAAAACAAAUAAAAAUGUUCAAAAAGAAUUAAUUGACAAAAAAGAAUUGUCUCGUGUUGAAACUUCAAUCGAAUUAAAAGAAAAAUUAAAAGCCUGUGGAUUGUCUGUUUAUGUAUUGAAAUUUGUUUUAAAUGAAAAUCAAGGCGAAGAAGGAAAUCGUUUAAAAUCAAUUACUCGAUUCUUGUCAAAAAUUCGAAUUUUAUCAAAAAAGAAGAAAGAAUUGUCUGAAAACAUGAAAAAAUAUUUGGAAAAUUUUAAAAAUAAAUGUGGAGAAGAAAUUAAAGAAAAUAAAGAUUUGAAAGAAUUGAGUAAAGUUGUUGAUGAUAAUACAAAAUUAAAUGAAGUUAAAAAUAAUUUAAUUAUUGAAAUUAACAAAUUUGAAAAUAAAUUGAAUGAAAAAAUUAAAAAAUUGGAGAAAAGAAAUUUAAAAAAUGAAAUUAAAAAGAAUGAAGAUUUGGGAGGAAAAUUGAAGAAGGAAACAAAAGAAUAUAUUGGCAGAUUAAAGGAGAAAUUGGCCUUUUUAGUUGGAAAUUAUGAGAAAUUAAUAGACAAAGAUUCGACUUCACAAAGUAAUGGACAAAUAAAUACUUCAAGUUUAUCAGCAAUUAUUUAUUGUUUAGCAAAUAAAUUUUUGGAAAUAUUUAAUGAAGAUGGAGUUGUUAAUAUGGAUAUUUUAUUACAAAAUAUUUCAAAUACAAAUUUGAUAGAAUAUGGAAUGGAAAUGAAUGAAAAAUUGGGAAAGAAAAGAGUUGAUAAAAUGUAUUAUCAACAAAUUCUCAAUAUGAUUGGAGAGAAUAGUAAUGUUGAACUAGAAAAAUUAAAAGAAAAUUGGAGUAAUUAUUGUUACAUUGACAAACAAAAUGUUGAAUUUGAAAGACCCGAGGAAUGGGCACUUCAAUAUAAAAAUGAAAUUGGUUUACAAGAGGAUGGUUUUCGUUUGGCAUAUUUGGGAGAGGGUAAUGAUGCCCUAUUGUUAGCAAUUAAUGAUAGAGAGAAUGGAUUAACAACAAAACAAAAGGAGGAAAUAUUUAAAGAAAUAUUAAGCAAUUUCCAUCUUCACAAAGUCACUUUCUUAGAAGCUCAUAAAAUGCUUGGUUUAUCCAACUCUACAACGAAAACACCAUCUGAAAUAGCAGAAACGUCUUCAUCCCAAAAAGAAAAUGAAACAUACAAAAAAAUUAAAUUUGAAAUGAGAAAGGUUUUUAAUUUUCGGAAAAAGAAUCCGCAAAAUUUCCUAACUUUUGUCCUUGCCUAA